CAUGUGAUGACGGACAGACUGUAUUACCGGAGCGAUGCUUGAAGUCACUCUCAUCAGCAACAAAGCGAAGCGACAGCAGCAGCAGCACUGACGUAAACUAUCCACCACAUCACCGGAACAUACGGACCAGGACCGACACCAUAUCGUCUCCUCCGAAGGACAUAUGGAAACGGAGCGCUGAGAGAGACGUGAUGAUGCUCGGACUCCGAAUCACGGCAACAUUUCAAAUGCGCGUUAAAUGGAGACUCAUGACAAGAGAUGCUGCAGGGUGCCGCAUUGCCUGGCCGCUUGAUGAUGGUAGGAUAGAGCAGCGCUUUUAACCGUGAUGCUCGUUCUUAGAUGCUUUCGGGGUGGGAUUUGUAGUCGAUCGAAUGCCUCAGAUUUGAUCAUACGCAAACUAAGACGAUUUCAGCUUGCUUAAGCCAUACAUGCAUACACAUAUACAAUCGAUUAGCAUGACCAGAUGAAUGUGAAUUUACGUUGCAGAACAAGCAUUAAUAAACCCACAAUACAGGUGAAAUCAGAAGGAGUAUAUGAGGUGAACUAACAGUGUCGUAGCUUACACUCAGGACCUUCUCUGAAGUCAGGUUUUUAUUUGCAAGCGCUGCAGUGAUAGGGCUCUUUAUGAUUGAUAUUUUCAUCAUCAGUUAGGAAAUAUAUAUUGAUAGUAUAUAGAGUCAGUCUUGGUCCAGUGUAAGGACAAUGACUCAUUUACAGGCAGGCCUCUCUCCAGAAACCCUGGAGAAAGCCAAGGUGGAGUUAAAGGAGAACCCCGACACAUUACAUCAGGACAUACAGGAGGUGAGGGACAUGAUCAUCACCCGUCCAGACAUUGGCUUUCUCAGGACAGAUGAUGCUUUUAUCCUGCGCUUUCUUAGAGCCCGGAAAUUUAACCAUUUCGAGGCCUUCCGCCUCCUGGCCCAGUACUUUGAGUACCGGCAACAGAACCUUGAUAUGUUCAAGAACCUCAAGGCCACCGAUCCGGGGAUCAAGCAGGCUCUGAAGGAUGGAUUUCCUGGGGUUCUGUCCAAUUUGGAUAGAUAUGGGAGGAAGAUUCUGGUUCUGUUCGCGGCGAACUGGGAUCAGAGCAGGUACACUUUUGUGGAUAUUCUGCGAGCUAUUUUACUUUCUCUGGAGGCAAUGAUAGAAGACCCCGAGCUACAAGUAAAUGGAUUUGUCUUGAUCAUUGACUGGAGUAACUUCACUUUCAAGCAAGCUUCCAAGUUAACCCCAAGCAUGCUGAGAUUGGCAAUUGAGGGCCUACAGGAUAGCUUUCCAGCAAGGUUUGGAGGGAUUCAUUUUGUUAACCAACCUUGGUACAUCCACGCUUUGUACACAGUCAUCCGGCCUUUCCUCAAGGACAAAACAAGAAAAAGGAUUUUCAUGCAUGGAAACAAUCUGAACAGCUUGCACCAGCUAAUCUUGCCUGAGAUUCUGCCGUCUGAGCUGGGUGGCAUGCUGCCUCCUUACGACAUGGGCACCUGGGCCAGAACGUUGCUGGACCACGCGUAUGAUGAGGAGACGGACUACUGCCCUGAGUCCUACACCUUGUCUGUCAAAGACCUGGAGAAAGAUCUGUCCCCUAAAACUAUGAAAAGGUCCCAGUCCGUGGUGGAACCAGGUGUCCUGAAACGACCAGAGAAAGUGAAAAACGAAGAAGAAAACAUGCAGCCACUGCUUUCUCUGGACUAAAGGCUUUUAAUUCCCCAGGCAACGAGGAAACGCCAAGCCCCGUACACUGGGGAGGAGUGCACCUUGUUCCUAUAACACAAAGGGGGAAAAAGUAUAAAGAAAGGAAAUGUUAUAGAGCAAAAGAACACACAAACAGCCUCCAGGAACAAUACAGAGAGCUGCCAGUUUAAAUGAUAUUUUUGAAGCAAAGAGCUGACGGCGGGACUUCCGUAUGUGAUUGUCAAGUGCCAAUUCAAAUCUGUAAAUACACUUCAGUUCUAGACGUGAGAUUGAGGGAGUAAUUGUGACAUGAACCUGUAAAGACUGCUGUGAAUAUCCUGUGUGUGCUUCUUGUGAUUGGUUAUUAUGUAGAACACGGUACAGUAGGAUGGGUAAUCAUGCUUAUAAAGAUUCACAAGCUUUGGGGUAACCUACAUUUAUAAUCCCCAAAUCAGGUUUCACAGCGAAUACCCCUUUACAAAGAAAAGAUUUUUCUAAUGAGCGUUUGCUAAUAUUAUUUUAACACAUGCUUUUCGGUUUAGUAUUCUUACAGUAUAUCCCAGAGGGGUCGAAUCACAUUUAGUAGACUUUAGCUGAUUCUUCACUGAUGGCCUUUUUGUUUACACUCUGUCGUAGAUCUGUGGAAUAUCGCUUUAUUUCAUAACCAUUUCCACAUUAGACUAAGUUGGUUUCCAAGGCAUUUGUAUUCAAACAACAAAAUACCGUCUUUGCCAUCUUUCCAACUUCAGAGUCAUUUUUGCUAAAGUAAAAGGAAUAGUUCACCCAAAAAUAAGUAUUCUCUGUUUAUUUACUCACAUAUUUUAGUAUCACCGUUGUAGUUUCUAUUAAUAUUUUUAUUAUUUUUAUUAACUUAAUGAAUAUUUAAAACUCUAUAUGUUGACAUAUAUAUACUUGCUGCCCAUAUGUUGAUAUUUUCCCAUGAAAACACAAAAGGAGAGUUUUGAGGAGUUUGGAACAACACGAUGGUGAGUAAAUAAAGACUUUUUGGUUGCACUAUUCACUGUUACUCAAACACAGAGGAUUCCACAGAACCAUAAAUAAGGUGUUGUACAGUGACACAUGCUAGUGCAUGCUUCCACAUGCUUAUCUUGGUCAGCUAAUGGUUUAGAUUGUGUGAAAAUAGUUUACUCUAAAUAACUCAGCUGUUUUAUGGCAUGCUGUGUUGUCAUUCGUUUUUGGCAAUAGGUUUUUACAGCGGUUAAGUUUUAAGCCCAAACGAGUGAAUUUAACGCACAGAUAAUUUCACCAUUUGAUACUUUGUGAGUGUGUGUAAGGAACAAGGGCAAUAUACACUACAUUUAAAAUACAUACAAAUCUUCCAGGCUUUAGUUUUUUGCUGAUAUUUCUUUUUUUCCAUGGGAGCAAAAAUCCUCAUUGAUUUUGAGCAAAUGGUACUUCAAAAAAAGAAAAAAAUCUAUAUAAAUAUGUAAUCAAAGCCUCUAGCUUGCCUAAACAGUCAAAUUUAGGAAUACUGUGGUCAUCUUUCUAUUUUGUGUAUGUAACAUUCUGUGGGAACAGGUUUGUACAGUGACUCAGUUUGUUUUUAUUUUCUUAUUCUCAUAUAAAUCAAUAGCUACACAUACAUUGUUGUGCACUUGCAUAUAUGAUGAAACAUACAAUAUGGAUGCAUUGAUAGCAUCUAAUGUAUUUAACAUUUACACAGAUUAAGGAAUCAAUAGAUUACAUACAGUACAAUCAGCCACCAAUUUUAUGAAUCUCCAAAGUUGUUAGUUAUAUAUAAGAUGCUGUUAAUACAUUACUUGUACACAUUUCAGUGUUUAUGCAAACAUCCCUUAGAAUGUUUUCCCCAUCCUUAGCUUUUGAACACUAAGACUUUGCAAUUUACAUCAAGCAGAUUAACAGUCCAGAUUAUGACUUUUUAUAUUUUGCUGAUAUAGUUUGUGUUAAGCAAGGUGAUAUCCGUUUUUUAUUUGCCAAAACUAAAGCCUGCCCACUCUGAUGACUCAUUGGGCUUCUAAAAUCUUAAGGAGCGAAAAUUGUUUCUAAAACCUUGCUUUACUAUCCUGAACAGAACCGGGGGGAGCAAAAAAUGUAAAAGUUUUGAAUCAGAAUGUAUUUCCCAGAGAGUAAUGUCAAUACUCUGGGUUAAGAGAAUGGUGUUCUAAUCAGUAUAGUCAUUAUUACACUUCCUGUGUCACGUUCAGAUAUUUUGAGCAGGAAGGCCUCAAAUGAUGGUGUAAAUUGUUUCAGCAUAUAUUUAGCAUAUAUUUUAUUGUUAAUGCCAUAACCAGUAUUUUAAUACACCUUGAAUUUAUUUGUAUUCCUGUAUAUGUUUUGUUCAUUGUGCGUAAUGAACAGCCUUGUUUGUAUUUUAGGCAAUCGGAAUGUUGACCAAAUUGUUUCCAUUUUUCUAGCCUUGCUUUCUAUGGAUAUGUACAUGUAUUGCCAUUACGACCAAAGCAACCCUGGGUCAAAGAAACCUACAAUUAUCCCCUGCUUUUCUAAAUACUACAGAAACAAUAUUUCUUUGAUUGUUGGCUUAUCUUUUCCUUGUCACUUUGAUUGUAUAAUAAGGUGUUAGUGCUGAGAAGCCCAUGCAGUAUAGAGGUAUUAUCAUGCAGAACAAUACAUGUGGUUUAAAGGAACAUGUUGAAUGGAAGUAAAUAUGUGUAUAUGUCUUUUCAAAAUGCUGAGAUAAAUUAUGUAACUGAAACUAAACUGCGAAAGGAAAAAAAGCAGCCAAUAAAUAUUCAUAUGCAUAGUUUAAA